AUUUAAAAAAAAUAUUUUUCGGCAAUCAAGUCAACCAGAUACGAAAGAUGGCGGAUGACAAAGGAAAGUGCGAUUUACCUUUGUCGCGAGUUAGGACUAUCAUGAAAAGCUCGCCUGAUGUUAGCAGCAUAAAUCAAGAAGCUCUUUUUCUAGCUGCAAAAGCUACGGAGAUGUUUAUUCAGAGUAUGGCGCAGGUCUCCCUGGAACAGAGCACCGACAGAAACCAGCUCCGGUACAACGAUCUGGCUGAUAUAGUCGACAGCAUUGACACUCUGCAGUUCCUACAAGAUAUAAUCCCUAAGAAGAUCAAAGCCAGUGAAUAUUUUGAAAUAAUGAAGAAAUGGGAAGCAGAAAAUGGAAACGACAGUGACUCUUGAAUGAAGCUUGUUGAAUGUAUUGAGUGUAACCAGUGACUCUUGAAUGAAGCUUGUUGAAUGUAUUGAGUGUAACCACAAAUUGGGCCUCCAUCUGAGACAACGCUGUUUAUUGCGUGUGCAUAAAGUUUCAACCCGGAUUAGCCUGUGCAGUCUGCUUUUAUUGUACUUUUGUUCAGACGAAGUUUCUUCUUUGCAAAAAUCCAGUUCAGAUGGAGGUGUAUGCUAAUCUGGGACGACACAUUUCGCACAUAAAUUAAGCCCCAUUUUCCCAUGUUCCAGAGAUAAUAAGACACAGUGAGAGUCUGGUAUUUUUAAUCCCCCGCCAUUGGUGGAGGGAUAUUGUUUUGGCCUUGUCCGUCUUUCUGUCCGUCCUUUUGUCUGUCCGGAGCCAUAUCUUGGAAGUGCUUUGACGGAUUUCAUUGAAAUUGGGUAUGAGUAUAUAUAUGGAUACUGGGAUGAUGCACGCCAAAUGGCAUUGUACACCAUCUGUUAAUAAUGGAGUUAUGGCCCUUUGUACCUUGAAAAAAUGCUUUUUUGAGUGUCAAAUAUAACACUUUUGUGUCCAGAAGCAUAUUGGCAGGGGAUAUCAAUCCAAUAUGUUUGUACUUAUAAUGAUAUAAACAGUAUGCAUCAUCAUACAUAUAUAUGUGAAUAUAACCUACUAUGAGAUAUUUGUGUAUGUGUUUUACACAUCUAUUUAUUAUGCCCAGUAAAGUUAUGACCUUU